CGGCGCGGCGCGGCCUGGCGGGGCCUGGCGUGCGGUGUCUGCGCUUGUGGCCGUGUGUCUCCGUGUGUCUCCGUUUGUCGCCGCGUGUCGCGAUGGUGAAGCUCACGGCGGAGCUGAUCGAGCAGGCGGCACAGUACACCAACGCCGUCCGCGACCGGGAGCUCGACCUGCGCGGCUAUAAAAUCCCUGUUAUUGAGAACUUGGGUGCCACUCUAGACCAGUUUGAUGCCAUCGAUUUCUCUGACAAUGAGAUCCGCAAACUGGACGGAUUCCCCUUGCUGCGGAGGCUUAAAACGCUCCUGAUGAAUAACAACAGGAUUUGUCGGAUUGGUGAGAACCUGGAACAGGCUCUGCCCAGCCUCACAGAGCUCAUUCUUACCAACAACAACAUUGCUGAACUGGGUGAACUGGAUCCGUUAUCAACUAUUAAAUCAUUGACUUACCUGAGCGUUCUAAGGAAUCCUGUAACAAAUAAGAAACAUUACAGAUUAUAUUUAAUUCAUAAAGUUCCCCAGGUCAGAGUGCUGGAUUUUCAAAAAGUGAAGCUCAAAGAGCGACAGGAGGCAGAGAAAAUGUUCAAGGGCAAACGGGGUGCACAGCUUGCAAAGGAUAUUGCCAGGAGAGCAAAAACCUUCAAUCCAGGGGCUGGUCUGCCAACGGACAAAAAGAAAACAGGGCCCUCCCCAGGGGACGUGGAGGCAAUUAAGACUGCCAUAGCAAACGCCUCGACCUUGGCUGAGGUGGAGCGGCUGAAGGGAUUGCUGCAGGCGGGACAGAUCCCCGGCAGGGAGCGGAAAUCAGGCCCAUCGGAGGACGGCGAAGAAGAAAUGGAAGAGGACACAGUGCCAAACGGAUCGUAGCCCGGGCUGUGCCGCGCUCCGGCCCUCCCCGAGAGCCCUUUCCUGUCCCAGGCCGUGCCGGUGUCCCCGGCGGGGCCCCAUCGCCCCCGUCCUCGAGCAUUUCGUUGUUCAAUAAACGAACGGUCCCUUUUUC